AUGUCGCCGAAAGAUGUUGCCCCGGGGGUCGGGGCGGAUGGUCCAGAACCAUCGGGUUCGGGCGCGGAUACCGACAAAUCCGGGUUAACGGUGCGGGCGGAAUUUCUGUUAACGGAGGAGAAAGAGCAAUCUCCCCACCGGCCAAUCUAUUCUGAUGAAGAUCACAGGUCCCGAGAGAGUUGCUGGCUUGCGGGGGAGAGCUUGCCAGAGUUGCAGCGGCCCGAUGAAGAGCAGCGUGGCGUAGGGGCGCUGCGAGGAUUCACCAGUGGUGACCUGCUCGCGGCAGCGGCGGCGAGGGGAUGUUCGUGGUGGCAGGGCGCGUUUGCUGGUGGUCGUGAGGGACAGCAAUUGCACGGCGAACGAGAAACGAAAGGGGGUGGCGGUCACCGGUUGCAGCCUACUCGCGGGGAAGGGUCGCCGGGACUGCUUGACGCUGUGAGUUGA